AUGGCGCCGCGCGACCAGCCAGACGGACCUCACGGGCCAGCGGCGGCCCUCAAACCGGAGCGAUCGAAUGACGAGGUCUUUCUCGACCAGUUUGCGGACAGUCCUGACGGAGGCACGAAGCUGUACAAAUUCUUCCAAUCCUAUCCCGCGAUUGACUACUUUCCUUCGUUUCGCGAAGUAGAGCGUCUCGCUCAACACAAGGUCAACGAGAUAUUUGGGGCUUUUGAGGAUGUGCGUUACAUUCUUGAGCGACACGAAGAUACUAUUCGCAAGAGGUGGUGCAAGAAGAGCACCACGAAGAAGAAGAAACUUCUCCUCACGGCAAAGCCGGGCAUGGCAAGCGAGCAUCGACCUGAUAUUGCGGCAGAGCUUGCAGCGACCACAAUGACCACAAUCUCUGACCUUGAAGAUGAGCUUUUUUUCGUUUCUGUCUGUACAGCAAGAAACAGCGAAGCCUGCCUGGUGCCGUUCCUGAAUCUAGAAGACCUUCUCCAUCCAGGGAGCUUUCUUACAUUGCUCAACUCUCGCGGUCGCAACCCAAUCGAGACCUUCAGUCACACGGAACUGCACCACUGUCCAAGCGCGUGGUGGCCAGAUUCGGCCCUCCUCCCAUAUUUACAAAGAUUCACGAUGGUCUUCGCUGGACGUAACACACGAAACACCUACGGUCGUAUUCAGCGCUGGAGAGACUCCAAUGACGCUUGGAGGUCUAUCUACAAAGGCCAAGCAGUUCAUCCAGGCAAUGGGCUUCAGAUCCUUUGUAUACAGGAGAUCAUCUACACAUUCUUGCAGCGAUGCUGUCAUCUCUUAGUCGGUGAUCUCUUAGCUGAUGGGAAAGGACAACAGGCACAGCAUCCCAACAUACCGCCGACAGUCCCCGUAGUAGAUGACACACUCAACUACACUAAUCGGGCAGAGGUUUCACUGAUGACUCCAUAUGGUAUUCCGGGGCAAUUGGACUUCGGCCGCUUACGCAGCUUGAUCAGCUCCAAGGUUGGCGAGCUUGAGGACCAUAUCUGGGCUUUGCGAGAAGACCCUGGCUAUUUCAGUGAAGUCUUUCACGACUACGAGAGGCACAUUGUUGAGUACAGUGUCUUCAUCGAUGGUAAUGGAAACGCUGCACUGAAGGAGCAGCCUGAUGCCGUCCCCGGUCUUAUCCUUCGCAAUCUCAUAACUGAUCCCUAUUGUGCCUUGUUCUACUGGCAUAGAUGUUUACACCUUCUGGAUCGCCUGGAGUCUACUGCACUACGACACAGCUUCAAGUUCGACUCGCACGAAGAACUGCCAGAAGACUAUCGCGAAGACCUUUUGAGACUUUGGACGGUUCUCAAUGCAAUCCAAACCGAUCUUCACGAGUGUUUCAGACAACACGUUCUAGCCACACCAACAAUGAGAACCUACAUUUCCAAGACAGCAGAAGACCCGGAUAGUCGGAACUAUGCAUUCGAGUUUGAGAUGUCGCAAGCAAAGGGGGAUCCAGUCACCAUCCGUUUCCUCGAAGUACUAUCUCGAAUCAUCGUCCCACCCGACCCACCCAGGCAUGGGUUCGUAGCAGAGUUGGACGACAUUGAGAGACUUAUCAUCAAGGAUCCUGCCGCGAAAGGUCUUCUGUCACCGUUUGUGUGGGCUGACUUCUCCCAAAUGUCUGUCUCAUCCGAAUGCAUUCAGCGGAUCCGGUUCUACCAGCCAUGGUCAAUGCAGCUCGAGUAUGAGAUGAUAUAUCCGGAAGAGAAUCUUGAUGACUUCUGGAAGGCUGCCGACUCGUUCUGCAGGAAGUUGACGGGAUCAAGCUUCCCGGAUUUACUAGAGCGGGAUAUCAGCCACGGUCGGUCUCUACGCCGCACUGCACCGUGGACUGAGCCGUCCGCCCGAAAGGAAGUCACGAGAUUCCACGAAAGUCACAGCGAGUCUUUCCACCAGUACACUUACAAACCGCUUCUCUCGGAGUCCUACCGGGGGGCGGAGGCGCUGACGUCGGUCAAAAGAAAGGUCAAGACUCGCGGCACCGUCGACUUGGCGAGAGCUGAAGGCAACGAUGCUCCGGAUUCUACAGACCAAACAACUGUUCCAAUAGGCGUGACUGUCGACAAGCGCUCUCAUCUGGUCUUCAAGACCCUGUUCUUCUCUCCUUCCGCAAGAGACGUACCAGGCGAAGUCUCAUGGAAGGACUUCGUUCACGCUAUGGUCCAGCGUGGCUUUGAAGCUGAGAAGCUCCACGGUUCGUCAUGGCGCUUCACACCAACGACUUUGAGUACAGAGCGUGCGAUCCAGUUCCAUGCUCCACACGGCGCGCUCAACAAACUACCUUUGACAUGGGCGAGGCGGUACGGCAGGAGACUCGAGAGGGAGUAUGGGUGGACAGGUGAGAUGUUUACUCUUGCCUAG